GUGUCCCAGUCGACGCGCGCAUGCGCUGUGUGUUUGACGUGUGUAUUGUUGACAGUUCGUCCUCUUUUGUUGACGUUUGGUUAUGUUAGUAUUAUAGUUUCGUAAUUUAAAAGUCCGUUUUUAAUCGAAGUAAGUUAUUGGUUUCCAAAAUGGAAAGAAAUGAACGUAAAGCGAACUCUCGAAAUCAUUCAAUCACUAUAGAUCGUGAUUCGAAGUUUAUCUUGCGAAAAGUGUUAUUGGAUUUCGCGAUAUUAUUUGUCGUCGGUUUUUUGAUCCUGGUGUUCUACUUGUGGGGUACACCGUACGAAAGAGGCUUCUUCUGUGACGAUGAAUCGUUAAAGCAUCCAUACAAGGAUUCGACUGUCACGAAUCUGAUGCUGUACAUCAUUGGGAUCGGCCUACCAGUUUUAUCGAUGUGUCUCACGGAAUGGAUCAGACUCCGUGACUACAAGGGCGGCCGGUCUAGGAUGAUCCUGGGUAAGGAAGUUCCCGCCUGGUUGUGGGAGGCCUACAGAGUGGUCGGUGUGUUCCUGUUCGGAUGUGCCUGCCAACAACUCACCACAGACAUCGCCAAGUACACCAUCGGAAGACUUAGACCGCAUUUCUUCGACGUUUGCAAUCCAGACAUCGACUGCUCGUUGCAGGCGAACAAGUGGCGUUACAUCGAGAAGUUCACGUGCCUUGGGACCGACACCAAGCUGAUGAAGGAGAUGAGGUUGUCCUUCCCCAGCGGUCACUCUUCCUUCUCAGCAUACACGAUGCUGUAUUUUGCGAUGUACCUCCAAAAGAGAUUCACUUGGCGCGGCUCGAAGCUGUUGCGACACGGGAUUCAGUUUCUGCUGGUGAUGAUGGCUUGGUACACGGUCAUGUCGCGCGUAUCCGACUACAAACAUCACUGGAGCGAUGUUUUGGCCGGCUUCAGUAUUGGACUUCUGUUCGCUAUUAUUGUGUUCACGUUCGUAUCUGAUCUGCGUAAGACUCCUCGCCGUCAGACAUCCAAUCAUCACGACAACGAGCUCGCCACAAACGGAAACACACGCCCGUGGAACGUCUGACACACGGACACACAGACGACCUCCAACUACAUGUGAUGCGAUAUGACCUUUCCAUACACACGGGAUUCAUGUCGAUAUACAAAACUACCACAAGUUUGAAACGAACUGAAACAUAGUAUCGUUUUCACUCACAAAACUUCGCAAGUGAUAGUAUCAACGUAGUUAUACGAAUGAAAAGUACAUAAAUACUUUUUAUAAUAAAUUCGGGCAAACUUGUGGUAAGGAUUGUUGUGGAUGUCUUAAACGUCACUAUCGGCGUAACUUGUCACUUGGCAUAAUAGAAACAGCAUAUACUUUAAGCAUAGCAGCUGUAGUGAAAUAAAAAAAAUGUCUGUCAGUUAGAAGAGAAUGAUUUGACUGAAUGUACGUUAAAUUGUAUAUAUAUAGUAUUUUUCAUGUUUAUAUUUAUAUUUCUUUAUAUUACUUCGCAUAUUUUACGCCUACGUAACUCGUAUCCCUUCUAUAAUAUUAAGAUUUUUACACAGUCUAUGUUAUACAAUGUAAUCGCAUUAAUUUAGUGUCAACAAAAUAAUUGCUAUGGGGUUCAAUGAACUCUGAAACACGAUUUUCGUGAUACAUAUAAUGUCUGGCGUCUUCCAUCUAUUCUAAUCUACCAAAAUCUUAAAAAACCUCACCAGCAAUUACAUCUGUAAAUAUGUUUUUCUUAGAAACACCGUCCCCAGUGUGUUCAUGUACAUUUCUUAUUUUCUUUCACCGAGCAUAAUAAUACUAACAUAAUCUUCGCAAUUUCUGUUUGUAAUAGUUUUAUUAUAAGACGUAACAAUUUUUUUUACAGUAAUAAAAGACUUAAGUGCAAUAAUAAAUAUCACAUUGACAGAAACCUGUACGGAUAAGUUCGCUGACAGCGGAAAUAUUUUUAAUCUGUGAAUGUAAAUUUAUUCGAGAACAAAACUGUGCUAUGACAGAAAAUGGUUAAAGUGACAAUUCAUUUUAUGUAAUAACAUUUAGCAAAAACAAUUGUAGCACUAAUAUAAUAUUCUGCGUCGGUACAAUUAUAUUAAGAUUUUAAUAUUUCUAAACGAAUUCGGUUGCAUUUACCGCUAAAACAAUAUAGAGUGCACAGCUAAUCUAUUUAUUGGUAGACUAAAAAUUCGGUCUCGGAGACCGGCUAUGUAUUUUUACUCUGUGAUAUAGAAAGGUAAAUAAAAAAAAAUAUUACAGUUGUUUUAGUUGUAGUUAUAUAUAUCAUAGGUUAUUUAAAAACUUAUUUAUUGUAAAUAAUUCUUAUAAAAGUUUUUGCUCUGAAUUUUAUGGCACUAUGAAGUAAGGCUUAUAGGAGUACAACGAAUUUUUUAUCACAUACAUAUUUAAUACCUACCGUGCCUCUAAAUUUAGACUUAGCUAGAUUUUAAAAAUAUUCUGUGUGUGUUGAAAUUAUAUUCAAAGAUGUAUAUUUAUAGUUGUAUUAAAUGUAUUUUAAGAAAUUUACAAUCAAACAAAACUUUUAAACCUUUACAGUGGAUUACUGCCACUGCAUUGCACUACUUUAUUUGGCAGCUAUUUAUUGAUUAUAUUUUAUAUUGUAGUUAGGUUUUGAGCAUAAUAAACACGUUCAUAUUAAAUAA